UUCCGCGCGCAAUUUAUAGAAAAGAUUCUAGAAUUCGACUUUUUGAUAUAUAGUACAUGUUACAUGUUACUCGUUUUACUCGGAAUCCACGCUCCUAAGAACAUAUGAUAGUGGCCAAUUUGUAGAAAAUGAUCGUUAAGAAAUUUUGAAAUACGACAUAGAAGAAAAUGUUUAAUACGUUAAAAAUGAAAAUUACCCACUGAUAAAAAGAAGACCUCGAUGUUUAUAAGAAUGUGAAAAUUUUCAUUGUAAUUCGCUAAUAAUUUUGGCAGUUGAACACAAUUUUAAAUAAAAAAAAAAAUUGCGUUCUAAUUACAUUUCAGUUAAGCAUAAUUCAAGGUAUCAGUUAUUGAAAGAAAACAAUUGAAUUACGUGUGGGAAAAGAAUUAGGUGCGCUUGCUUGCUUGGAAGCUUCGGGAGCGCGCAGGAACAUAAAAUCGUCAAACGAAAACGCAAGGCUCGUUUUCUCAGCUAUCGUCUUCUCCUUAUUGUGACGUCAAAUUUAAAGUCCUUUGUCGGUGAUCAAACCAUUAUUUGUUCUAGCCUAAUGAUGCUUCUAGUAAUAGCUCAUAGAUGGCGAGCGACAUUUGAUUAUAGUAGUAUAGUAGUACAUGUUACACUAUUGCUACUCUCAUAGUUCUCACGAGCGCCGGUUUCAAGAUAACUGAAUAACCACGUACAUACUAAGGAUACUAAGGACACGAGAUCCUGCGAUGUUACGUGAAACGACUUCAUUGCGACCAUAUUAGUUUUAGCACUCGCAACACUCAACACUUUGCACUAGUGGACACAAUGACAAAACGUGCAAGAGUAAAAGGGAGUACAGGAGGGUGAAGUAGAUCAGUCGAACGAUAGUGGCGCUACAUAUUGAAGACACAAUAAGGUUGCGAUCAUAUCCAUAAUAUAGUAUUAGUGAUUCGACUGUCAGUUUUACAAAUUACCUUUAAAUUAGUGUAUCGCUUUUUCUCAUGCGAUGCAGAUGUAUGUAGAUAGAAGCUUUUAACAUUACAACUUUUAAAAAUUUUAAUACUUUCUGUAUCAUAAUCAACUGGCACGAUGUGGAAAUUAGUAGCUCGUGGUAUCCGUGAAACUCUGGAACGACGUGCAUGUCGUACAAACGUUUAUUGUCAAACGCCUCAAGAAUCGAAUAUAAAAAAUGAGGCAAAAGCCAAUUUGACGUGUAAUCAUAAAUUGUUACUACCAUCUUUUCCUGUCUUUAACAAAGAAUUUUGUGGAUCAACGAAAGCUAGUGGUACAAAAGACAAAGACCAUGAUUCCAAAUGGAAUACAAAAUACACUUGGUCAGAAGCUAUAGGAUGGACAAGCGUAUUAGCUGUUGGAUGGGUGGUAUGCCAAACAUUAUGUCUUCGCAGAAGGCUCUUUGAAAAAGAAAAAGUUGAUUCCUUAAAAAACAAACUAUUACAAGUUCCAGAAGUACAUACUUCUUAUUUACUUGAUCAAAUAUUAAAUUUAAAACCAAAACACAUUUUACCUAUUGUUAAUUGUAUCGCCAAUAAUAAAAUACAUGCUCAAGAAAACAAUGAAGCAGAAUGGAAACCAGAAAAGCCAUUUGGACCUAUCACCAUUGAAGAGGCUUUAAAAGAAGCUACCAAAGAAUUUGCCAAUACUCAUAAAUUAACUGUGGCUCAAUUCGAACUUCAAUAUGGCUUGAAAGCUUUAGAAGAGAGACGUUAUAAAGAUGCUAUAAAACAUUUUACUGCUGGUGCAAGUUUAUCAUCUGCUGCUAGUAUGUUCAAUUUAGGACUGUGUCACGAAUUAGGACUUGGAACAUUGGUUGAUCACACGCAGGCUGUCAAACAUUAUAACGAUGCAGCAGAACGAGGUCAUGCAGAUGCUAUAUAUAAUUUAGGAGUUUUUCAUGCUCAAGGCAGAGGUGGUUUUACAGUAGAUAUUGAUAGAGCUCGAAGUUAUUUUAUUAAAGCAGCAAAGUUAGGACAAAGACAAGCGCAACAUGCGCUAGAUUUAGAAAAACAUUAUUACCAAGUUAAACGAAAAGAAAUUGAUGCAAUUCGGAAGAAUGAGUGUACAAAUAUCUUACAGCAUAUGCGAAAUAAUGAGGAUAUGAAUCAUAUUCUUAGAAAGCUAAUUAAUUAUAAUAAUGUAUUAUAUACACAAUCAGAAGCAGAAUUUUUAGAAGAUUCUGAUUAUAAACAAACCAUGGUAGAAUGUACGAAUUGUAUAGAAUUAGUUUUCAAUAUUUUUGGGUUAAGUAAACGAAAUAUAUUACCUGUCUCUGUGGAGUCAAAUAAUUGUAAUGUGACAUGUUAGAAUGUAGCAAAAUUAUUAAAAGUAAUAAUGAAAUGUUUCGUGUAUUUGAGAUAUGCUAUAUACAUUUUUUUUAUAACGUUUACGUCAAUUACAUUAUGAAUUAUCAAGAUUAAAAAUAAAAAUAUUAAUUGACUAAUUGUAUAACAAGAUCUAUUCAGGAUAUACAGUAUUUUUAAAAAAAUAUUUAUUUAGUAAAACAUCCUGCCAAGAGUUGUUUUAAGACAUUCAUGAAAUAAAAUUUGUGAUCUGAAAGUAUCGUACUUAUAAAAGUAAUUUUAUGUAUGCCUUUUAUAUUAUAUUUAUAUCUUUUUCCAUUUAUAUUAUAUAAACUCAUAUUUAUAAACAAAUAUCUCCUUUUUAUGACUUAUUUUUGGUAAGAUACUUAGUUUAAUGCGGAGAUAUGAAGUUUUUAACGAUAUUUCAAUUUAUAGACUUUUAAAAAAUACGUUGUUAUCUAUGAUGAAUAUAUACAUUGUACAUGUAUAUUUAGAAUAUAACAUGUUAUCAACUAAUUCUGUUUUAUGGAACACAUGUGCAUGGUUGGCACAAUAAAUGAAAAGAGCUUAUAAUAAUUAUCAUCAGUAAUUGUUUUCAUUUUAUAAUAUGUGAUUUUAUUCUUUUCCUACAAAUUGAUACAUACAAAUUGUCACAUUUUCCUGUAUGUAUAUAAGCGUUCUCGAUCAAUUUUUGUAAUCUUCAAUAUAAUAAAAGAUGAAAAUAAU